AUGCCUGAAUUUGCCAAGAAGCUGCAAAGGGUGGCAAGCAUUAGGCCCUACCUUGUGGAACUGCCCCUUAAAAAAUCUUAUAAAGGUGUAAAACAGGAAGAGCCGGGUGUCUUUUUGCCCAAGCUGUUGCACUGGUGUAAGCAAAGACCCCAGCUCGAGCUUGGAAAUAAACUUUUCCUUUGCUUUUGCAUUGUUGUGUCAGUGUCACAUUCCUCGCGCCGACACUCCUUUUCCAAAUUCGGGUCCAACAUUUGGUGCAUUGGCCGGGAAAGGAAAGUUCGGAGCGAGACCCGGUGGCCACGAGAAGGCACAUUGGACAAGAACAUUGUGGCAGCUGUGCUCGACAGAGUCCAGAUUCCAGGUCCUCAUGGACACCUGGACCAAUUCCCAUAUAUUUUAGUGUGGCAAGAUAUGGUAGAUAACCCUCCCCCAUGGCUAAAACCUUUUCUCCCAAAUCUUUCUGUCAAGGUACUGGCAUCCGCACUCGGAGCAAAGAAGAAAGAGAAACAGAAACCAGAGCAGCCAGCAUCCUGUGCAGUUCUUCCACCUGUUUUAUCUGAUUCCCAACCUCACCCUGAUCUCAUUGACUUAGGGGUGGAAAUCCCCCCACCUUCUUAUGCCCCGACCCCCCCUUCUCACCCUCUCCAGGUUUCUCAAGUUUCAGGAGGAAGUGGGGCGAGUGGUCCGAGUGCACCUGCCAUUACCGGUCCAGCCUCCGGCCUCCACCCAUGUCAGAGAGGCACCCUGGAGACUGAGGCCCCCACAUCUACUGCCCAAGCCCUACCCCUCAGAGCCACAGGCCCUCCUCAAGAGGAUGGAAGCAGAACAUGGCAGUACUGGCCAUUUUCAACCUCAGACUUAUAUAAUUGGAAAGCGCAAAACGCUCCUUUUUCUGAAAAUCCCCAAGGGUUAAUUAACUUGUUAGAUUCAAUCUUAUUUACCCAUAAUCCCACCUGGGAUGAUUGUCAACAGUUAUUACAGGCCCUGUUCACCACCGAGGAGAGGGAGAGGAUACUGAAUGAAGCCAGAAAAAAUGUACUGGGAGAUAAUGGACAACCUACCACACUUCAGAACCUCAUUGAUGCUGGGUUUCCUCUCACUCGUCCUGAAUGGGAUUUUGAGCAAUCAAAAGGUAGGGAACAUCUCCGAAACUACCGCCAGAUUCUGAUGGCUGGUCUCCGAGUGGCAGCAAGAAAGCCGACCAAUUUGGCCAAGGUAAACUCAGUUAGACAGGAACCCACAGAAAGCCCUGCAGCAUAUUUAGAAAGGCUUAUGGAAGCUUUUAGACUGUACACACCUAUAGAUCCACAGGCAGAUGAGAGUAGGGCAGCAGUAGUUUUAUCUUUUGUAAAUCAAGCAGCCCCUGACAUUAGGAGGAAACUUCAGAAGAUAGAGAGACUAGGAGAACAGACAUUACAAGACUUAAUGAAAGUGGCUGAAAGAGUAUAUAAUACUAGAGAAACUCCAGAGGAAAAGGAAAAAAGAAUAAGGAAAGAGGAGCGAGAUUUUCAAGCUAAAGAGAGUAGGCAUAAUAAAAAAAAAAAACUAGCUAAAAUCUUCUUUACCAGAGUUAGAAGGAAAGUAGGAAGACGUAGGGAGAGAGGACAAGAGCAGCAUGACAGGCCCCACCAAGGCCCUCCCCUAGCCCCGGACCAGUGUGCCUUCUGCAGAGAAACCGGACAUUGGAAAAGUGAAUGUCCCAAAAAUCCGAGAAGAGGGGAAACUCAGAAAUAUCAUAAACCUGCCCCCACAAGAGCAUUAAUAAAUGCAGGAGACAGCAAUUAGGGGGGUCGGGGCUCAGAACCUCUCCCUGAGUCUUGGAUAACGUUAAAAGUGGAGGGGAAACCAAUAUAGUUUCUGGUGAACACCGGAGCCCAAUUUUCUGUCCUUAAUAAGAAAGAGGGAGAAGUCUCUCCAAAGACUAGCUUAGUUUAGGGGGCAACAGGAGCUAAGCGGUACCAUUGGACGACAAAACGGCAAGUAAACCUGGGCACCAAACAGGUGUCCCAUUCAUUUUUAAUUGUACCUGAUUGCCCUGCACUGCUAUUAGGGAGAGACUUAUUAUCAAAAGCUCAAGCCCAUAUCUACUUUCAUAAGGACGGUAUUCAAGUUACAGAGGGGGAAGGCUUCCCGCUGCAGGUUCUAACAGUUUCCUUGCACGAUGAAUACCGCUUGUACAAAGAAGCAGAGAGCCAGCAUGCAGAUCCAACAGAUAUGACUCCAUGGCUACAAAAAUUUCCCCAAGCCUGGGCAGAAACCGGAGGUAUUGGACUGGCGAAACACCAACCACCCAUCAUUGUGGACUUGAAAUCUUCUGUCACUCCAGUAAGAGUCCGGCAAUACCCUAUGUCCAGGGAAGCUCGAAAUGGUAUACAACCACAUAUCCAGAGACUGCUGCAAGCAGGAGUACUGAAGAAAUGCCGCUCUGCAUGGAACACUCCUCUCUUACCGGUAAGAAAACCGGGAGGAGAGUACCGACUGGUACAGGACUUAAGAGAAGUAAAUUGCCAUGUUGAGGACUUACACUCAACAGUCCCCAACCCAUAUACACUCCUCAGCAGUUUGCCCCCAGACCAUGUGUGGUAUACCACCCUGGACUUAAAAGAUGCUUUUUUCAGCUUACCUUUAGCCCCACAGAGUCAAGAUAUCUUCGCCUUCGAGUGGUUUGAUGAGACCAACCAGGCCCUUGGCCAGCUGACUUGGACACGGCUCAUCCAGGGGUUUAAACACUCGCCUACCUUCUUCAACGAAGCCUUGAGUGACAACCUGUGUGAGUACCGGGGUCAAAACCCCAACGUGACUUUAUUACAAUAUGUAGAUGAUUUGUUAAUAGCUGCCCCUGAUUGAACAGGGUGCCUUAAAGCCACAGAAAGAUUACUCAUCACUCUAGGGUCGCUGGGGUAUCGAGCCAGUGCAAAAAAGGCUCAAAUAGCAAGGCAGGAAGUCACAUAUUUAGGGUAUAAAUUGAGAACUGGGCAGAGAUGGCUCACUGACGCCAUGAAGCAGACUAUCCUACAAAUUCCCAGACCAACAAAUCUACAGCAGAUAAGAGAAUUUCUAGGAACUGUUAGUUACUGCCGUUUAUGGAUUCCGGACUUCGCUACGAAAGCGAAACCAGUUUAUGAACUUAAUAGAGAAGGAUCCAAGUGGGAUUGGACCCCAGAGAGAGAUUCAGCUUUUAAAGAACUCAGAGAAGCACUCUUAAAGGCCCCAGCUCUAACAUUACCUGAUCCAGCCAAACCGUUUCACCUGUUCAUUGAUGAAAGGAAGGGAAUAGCUAAAGAAGUUCUAGUACAGCAACAGGGGCCAUGGAAAAGACCAGUAGCAUACCUCUCCAAGAAACUGGACUCAGUAGUGGCUGGAUGGACCCCUUGUUUAAGAAUAAUUGCUGCCACAGCACAGCUAGUUAGAGACUCAGAUAAAUUAACCCAUGGGCAAAAGCUGAAAGUAACCACUCCACAUGCUAUAGAUGGGGUCCUCAAACAACCCCCAGGGAAGUGGUUCACUAACACCAGAUUAACUCACUACCAAAGCCUACUGCUAGACACUCCGAGAAUACAGUUCCUUGCCCCAGCAAUACUGAACUCCGCCACUCUUCUACCCAACCCCGACCUAGAUGGGCCUAUCCACAAUUGCUCAGAAAUCUUAGCAGAAGUCAUCACUGUUAGAAGAGAUUUACAGGAUUACCCGAUGACUAAUGCAGACUUUGUCUGGUUCACAGACGGGAGUAGCUUUGUACAAGAAGGGACUCAAUAUGCGGGGGCUGCAGUAGUAGAUGCCGAAGGAAAAAUAAUAUGGGCUGAUGCUCUACCUCCGGGAACUUCCACCCAAAGGGCCGAGUUAAUCACCCUCGCUGAAGUGUUGGAGAGAGCAGAGGGAAAGAAAUUAACGGUAUACACCGACAGCAGGUAUGCCUUUGCCACCCUUCAUAUCCAUGGGACAAUCUACCGGGAGCGGGGAUUCAAAACUUCAGAGGGAAAGGAGAUAAAAAACCAAACUGAAAUCCUCCACUUACUCUCUGCUGUAACAAAGCCCUGAAAAAUAGCUGUAGUACAUACUCCAGGACAUCAAAGAGGAUAUACUAGAAGCUGAGGUAAUCGAAUAGCUGAUCUAUUGGCAAAAAAGGCCGCUGCAGGGAACUUGAGAACUGUUGUCCACAACUUUGCACUCGAACUACCUUGUCCCCAGUUGGAGCCUCUUCCUUCCACCCCAGAUUAUUCUGAGCAGGAUAUACAAUGGGUUGAAAAGUCUUUACAGGUGAUGAAAAACCAGGAUAGAUGGUACAUAGACCCGGAAAAGAAACUGAUUCUCCCAGAAGAACUAGGAAAGCAUCUCCUCACACAUCUUCAUCGAGUGACUCAUCUUGGAGAGCGAAAAAUGUUGGAGUUACUAAAUAAAGGACAAGUUCGCAUACAUCACCAAAGACAGAUGGCUCAGGAGGUAGUGGACCGAUGUCAGACCUGUCAACUUAUGAGAGCAGGAAAAAAGAAGAAUGUCCACGCAGGUACGAGGAUACGGGGGAGGGAACCGGGCCAGCAUUGGGAAAUAGACUUCACAGAAGUUAAACCAGGAUUAAUACAAGCCGCUAACAGUCCCGGUCGGGUCCGCAGGAACGGAUUUUUUGCUUGCCCAGGAUAUAAGCGGAACUACCGGCAAUGUGGAGGGAUGACAUGGUAUUAUUGUAAGAGUUGGAGCUGUGUAACCUCCAAUGAUGGGCACUGGAAAUGGCAAGUAACCAAUAACGAUUAUGUAACCUUCUCUUUUGAUCAUUCUGUGAACCCCACUUGUGAUAGGUGUGACUUAUUAAAAAUCAGUUUCACUGAGCAGGGAAAAAAGGAGUUAAUCAAGUGGACAUCAGGGUUAAACUGGGGCAUCCAAAUUUACCAAGCAGGUUACCCUUCUGGAAUAGUAACCAUCAAGCAGGACAUAGUCUCAGCAGAUCAGCCAGCCAUAGGACCAAAUCAAGUACUAAAUCCCCUAAACAAGAAAAACUUAAUCCAGAAAGAAAUAACAACACAGGCACCCCCAGAUAUAAUAUCAAGCACCCCAGGGAUGAAAGGAAAAAAGGGAAAAAAGAAAAAAUAA